UUCCACUUAAUCAUCUGACUGAAAAAAGUAAUCCCUGGUGUGUUGAAGUGAUGCAAAUUUACUUUUGGGUAAAAGGUUAACCAAAGUAUAUACUUGCAGGUAUUUCCAGUAGGUCAGACUGAGUAAAAGUCAGCCGCAGUCGUGCGCAAAAUUUGGCAACGGUUUUGGAUAAUGUGGCUGUGCUGCGUGUUGGUGCUUGUGGGUGCGGUGGUUGUAAACGCUCAGUUCCCCAGAGAGUGUGUCACUGCUGAGGGAAUCAGGAGCGGACAGUGCUGUCCGUCGCCCAACGGACUUGGUAACGACCCGUGUGGCUUCAGCACGGGACGCGGUCAGUGUGUGUCCAUCUCCGUGGACACGCGCCCGCAUGGGCCUCAGUACCCGCACGAUGGACGGGACGAUCGGGAACGAUGGCCCGUCCGUUACUUCAACCGCACUUGUCAAUGUAAUGGGAACUUCAGCGGUUAUAACUGCGGCCGCUGCAGACACGGAUGGACGGGGCCCAACUGUGACCAGCGAGUUUCUGUUGUAAGGAGAAACGUGAUUCUGCUCAGCGCAGAGGAGAAACGAGCGUUCGUGAACGCGCUGGAUCAGGCCAAGCGCACGGUGCACCCCGACCUGGUGAUCGCAACGCGGCACUUUUCGGACAUCUUUGGACCUGACGGGAACACUAUGCAGUUCGAAAAUAUUACCAUCUACAAUUACUUCGUGUGGUCCCACUAUUACUCCGUAAGCAAAACGUUUCUAGGCCCGGGGCAGUCCAGUUUUGGAGGGGUGGACUUCUCCCACGAGGGCCCCGGAUUCGUCACUUGGCACAGGUAUCACCUGCUUCAGCUGGAGCGAGACAUGCAGGACAUGCUGCAAGACCCCUCCUUUGCCCUGCCCUACUGGAACUUUGCAAUUGGUGGAAACACAUGUGACAUCUGCACAGAUGACCUGAUGGGAGCCAGGAGCAGUUUUGACAUGAAUUCACUGAGUUCCAACUCCAUCUUUGCCCAGUGGAGGGUUGUUUGUGAAGGCGUAGAGGACUACGACACACUGGGGACCAUCUGCAACAGUACAGAGACUUCUCCAAUCAGAAGAAACCCAGCAGGAAAUGUCAACAGGCCCAUGGUUCAGCGUCUCCCAGAGCCUCAGGAUGUGGCUGACUGUCUGCAAGUUAACACUUUUGACACACCACCCUUCUAUUCCACCUCCUCUGAGAGCUUCAGAAACACAAUUGAAGGCUACAGCGCCCCCCAGGGUAAUUAUGACCCCAUUGUGAGGAGCCUCCACAACCUGGCUCAUUUGUUUCUGAAUGGAACCGGAGGGCAGACUCACCUCUCCCCCAAUGACCCCAUCUUUGUCCUGCUCCACACCUUCACUGAUGCUAUAUUUGAUGAAUGGCUGAGGCGAUACGGUCCAGAUGUAGCUGUGUAUCCUGAAGAAAAUGCUCCCAUUGGUCACAACAGGGGCUACAACAUGGUGCCCUUCUGGCCUCCAGUGACUAAUUCUGAGAUGUUUGUGACUGCCCCUGAGAAUCUUGGUUACUCUUAUGAAGCUGAAUGGCCCAGUCAGCCUUUCACUCUGACUGAAAUCAUAACCAUCGCAAUAGUUGCUGCCCUUGUGGUCGUCGCCGUCAUUUUCGCCGCCACUACCUGUGCUGUACGAGCCAGGUCUUACAAGAUGGAAGGCCACCAGCCUCUGCUAGGAGAUCAGUACCAGCGAUACGACGAUGACAAAAGCCAAUCUGUAGUCUGAGACUGCUGCUUGAACAUGAACCCAACCUAUGUGCCUCUCCUACUCACUUUUCCAAUUACAUGGCUAUGCACUUUGUUGGUCUUAACUCUUCUCACUAAAAAAUAAUAAGUCUUUUUUGCUGCAUGCAUGCCCCCAUUUAAAAAAAAAGUCACAAUUUAUACAAAAAUAGUGCAGCUGUAAGCUUCUUUCAUAAAGUAAAUUUCACAUUUACUACUCACCGAGAAAUGUUUGCAAUAAAAGUCAAUAAUUUGCAGGUAAGACUUUGCAAAGAGUACAAACAUCAUCUGAAGUUCAUAGAAAUUGAAAAUGUGUUCAUUAAGGACUGCAUGUAGUUUAUAAUUUGAUAUUCAACUUAAGAGUGAUCAAGUGUAAAGAAUAUAGAAGUGAUUCUGGUUGUUUUCUAACUAUAUGAACCCAUGUAAAGUAAAAGAGAACGUUAUAAAGCCUAUGAAUAUCAUAAUAGUAAUUAUUAUUAUUAUUAUUAUUAAAACAUGCCUUAACAUGUCCGCAACUUCGCUUAUGCAUACGCAAAAAUUCAGUAAAUGUCCCUGACUUCUUAGGCAAAACCGCACUUAUCAGAAAAUACUGUCUUGUAGCUGUAAUGUCCACAAGAGGGCACACUAGUUUAAUUUCUAAAACCAUGUACAGCAUUUGCUUUUUUAAAACGUAUUUAGACAAAUCUGAUGCCUUGAACUUGAAAUGUUUCAAAUGAAUUAUGAAAUAAAAAUGAAAUAAAUGGAGGUCGUGAUUCAAAGAAAACAGAACAAA